AUGUGGUUAGUUGCGAAAAACAGUUCCCUGCUGUCACCUGAUCUGACACUGAUCAUUUUGCCUAUUUCCUUCAGAAAUUUAAGGGUGUUGGGGUCCAUCGGGCCGAGAACCUCGAUGCAUAUUGGCAAGAAUUCCAUCGAGGGGAGGGCAUUCCCAUAUUUUUUCAUUUUCUCGUCCGCUGCCCUGGCCGCGGCCAAACCGCAUUCUUUACUUGUCAGGUUUACGUAUCGUUCGGCGAGGGUGCCAGGGACCGUAACAUCCCACGCCAAACAUCUGCCGGCUCUCCAAGGUAUUAGCGUGCAUCCGUCCGGUCGCCUACCAUCAUGCGCAGAAAUGCCGGAUGACGCGCAAAAUGCGCCAGGAAUUUUGUGGGCGGACGUCGUGUCAUCACCCAAUCUGGACGAAGCGUUCACGUUGGUGAAGCGGCACAACAAACGUCCACGUUUGAACGUCUCAUUGGAGGCCAACAGCAACGGGGGAACCACUUCAAUCAACAACAACGGCGAAACCACUUCAAACAACAACAACGAAAACACGGCAAACAUCAAGACAGCUAAAAAACCAACAAAAGUUAUUGGCAAAAAAGUUGUUGAAGAUUGUAAAUUGAGGGCAGACAAAAAUUUAAUUAAAAAAUCUGUGUUCUCAAUGAGCAACAUUAGUAAAUGCCAUCGAAAAGAUGUUGUUGAAUUUUUGACGUCAAAUGGAAUCAAUGUCAUCACAUGUUAUCCUGUUUUGAAAAAAACAGAAAUAUCGUCGGAUAAAAAUUUUGACGAAGAUGACCAGGAAUGA